AUCUAUUUUAGGUUGACACAGUACAUAUUUCAUUGCGGGACUGCACACGCGUACACACACGGGGCUCCAAUUUUCUGGAAUUACCUCCAUCUGUACCACUAUGAGGGAAAUCAAGAGGUCGGAUCAGGGAAUAUUUUGCAAAUUUCAGGAGAGAUUCCUGCUUUUCUUGUGUCUUUGUGUCCCCAUGAUGGAAGCCAUCCAUCCGGACUGCGCCAUCAUUGCUCAGCACCUGAGGGCUCGUGAGAUUUGUAGCCAAGCAAGAAGCAGAGAAGUUCAGAACCAGACUGCGCACGGCGGUUGCCAGACGGAAUGGGAUGAAAUCGGAUGUUGGUUGAGAGCUGAUGUGGGGCAGGUGGUCAACGUGUCCUGCUCUGAUGUAUUUCAGCAUUACUCAAGCGGUCACGGGUUUGUUUUCAGGAACUGCACAGCAAGCGGCUGGUCGGAUAUUUUUCCGCCCUACGAAGAAGUCUGUGCAUUUAGAGAUGACAGCAGCCCAGAAACAGAGACCAGUUACCUAUCCACCUUUAGACAAGUGUACACUGUUGGCUAUGCCACCUCACUCAUCUCCCUUGUAACGGCCGUUGUGGUGUUCACCGCCUUCAGGAAGUUCCACUGCACCAGGAACUACAUCCACAUCAACUUGUUCUCCUCGUUUAUCCUGAGGGCUAGCGCCGUUUUCAUCAAAGACACAGUGUUGUUUGCUGACGAAACGCUGGACCACUGCUCCGUGUCUACGACGGCGUGCAAGUCGGCAGUGGCGUUCUUCCAGUUCAGCAUCUUGGCCAAUUACUUUUGGCUGUUGGUGGAGGGCAUGUACCUGCAGACCCUGCUGGCGCUCACCUUCGUCUCCCAGAGGAUGUACUUCUGGUGGUACAUCCUGAUUGGAUGGGGACUCCCGUCAACUAUUCUCAUCCUUUGGGUGCUUACCAGAUUCUUCUAUGAUGACAGAGGUUGCUGGGAUGACACAGACAACGUUGCCAUUUGGUGGAUUAUUAAAGGCCCAAUAACGGCUUCGUUGCUGGUCAACAUCGUCAUCUUUGUCAACGUGAUCCGCAUCCUGGUGCAGAAACUCAAAUCUUCCGCCAUGUCCGGAAACAACGACAGUGGGCAUUUUAUAAAGCUGGCAAAGUCCACGCUUUUCCUUAUCCCGCUGUUCGGGAUGCAUUAUACCGUUUUCGCCUUCUUGCCCGAGAACACGGGCGUGGCCGCUCGGCUCUACAUUGAAUUGGGCCUGGGGUCCUUCCAGGGCUUCGUAGUGGCUCUGCUUUACUGUUUCAUGAAUGGAGAGGUGCAGGCGGAACUGCGGCGGUGGUUAUGGAAGUGUCACAACCAAAGUCAGCGCACGCCAGCCAAGCGAAGCCUUAGUCAGGUUAGUAUGGGAGCACGCGGAGGGCUGCGCCGGACCCCCUCCACCGGAAUUGUUUCUACUGUAUGACCGAAAGGAAACACCGAACCGAUGGGACAUUGCAUCGUUUUGGGUUGACUUGAUGUUUGCUGUACUGAGCCUUUAAGAACAUUUUUUGGGUGAGUACAAAGUGUUUCAUGUGGAGUUACAAAGACGUCGGUUGAAUUGAAGGAGUUCAUUGAUAAAGGGAAUUAUUUUCAAUCACAUUUUAGAAUUCAUUGAAUAACAUUUCACAUAUUAAUCAGCAAAAAUAUUUAUUGUGUUUUAAAGCAACACUAGGUAACUUUUCAGUUUCGGUCGAUUUUAGUGACACCGGUGGACAAAUGGGAUAGUGCUUUGCCUUAAGUAAGACUGCAUUUCCCAUGAGAACCAGCGCACACACGCACAGUGUCGUAAAAUCAUGAUUUGAAUGACAAUUCUCUUUCCAGCAGCUGUGUGAAGGAUGGAUGGUAAUGAAUCCAGCUAUUGUUUAAAUAGCAUAUGACGGUUAGCAACCGUGUGGAUUAGUGUGGUUAAUUCCCCCGUCCCUAAACCGACUUCUUCAGCGUUCACGCUGCGCCAGGCAGUGAAAGCCAGGCCAGUGUUAAUUCUGUUUAUGGCGGAAAACACAGACAAGACUGAAAAAGCAGUUUCUGCUGUUGCACACCUCAUUAAAAGAAACUGCUGUUUUUUAGGCCAAAACAACUGUUGUGUUUGAUAGAACAAUAUGUCUAUAUGCUGCCACAGCAGAUUCAUGGCGCAUUAAGCCCCCGAACUAUUUUUAAUUUGUCCGUUUUACCCUGGAAACCCCCGUUUACAGAUGUCACGCAACCGCUUUUGUUUCAACCUAGCCAUAAAACAAAGGCAAUUAAUUAUAUUUAUUAUUCAAAAUGUCUGUCAUUUUUAGUUUAGAAUCAUUAAUUGAUGUCUAAUAUUUCGUUUAAAAAAAAUAAAUAAAAAACUUAAAAAAUUAUUCGCUCGCAUAUUUUAAACUUUUAAGCAAAUUACGUCACAACGAAAAAAAUGGUAUAUGGUGUCUGUAAAACCUCCUAUCGCUUAAUUGUAUUUUUUUUUGUUACUGUUGCAUUGUCUCCUAUAUGUUAGAUGAUAAUUAAUCGAUCCAAACAAAGAAAAAAAAAAAAACGUGUAAAAGGAUAAAUAUAUGAUUAAGAAAAUCUCGACCACUCCUUGAUGUCUGCGAUUUCUGCAUCGCGACCCUUGUUAUAUUACCAUGUUUCACCCAUAAAAUCCCCCCAAAAUCCAGCUGUGGCCAUUCACAGCUGUGUCUUGACACUCAGUGAUAUAUGCUACAUGGGUUUUUUGGGUCGAAACAAGGUAAGUACGCGAUAAUAUCUCGUUAAAGUCAUGGCGUCUGUAAGUCUGCUCUCGCCUGCUCUCACCUCCAGAUAGGGUUUUGCGGUUUAAUUUAUUUAUUUAUUUAAAAUGCCCUCCUGUUCAAAAAUUUUCUUCCCCCAGAAAAUUGAGAUUUUAAGCUUUCCAAUGAUAUAUCAGACAUGCAUACAGAACAAUUUUGAAAUGUGGCCAAAUUGGGGGUCUCAGAGCGGUACUUCACCUGAGUGUUUUCCGCCAUAUCCUGGUAGCCUCCCUUUUUCCCCUCCUAUGACAGUACUUUUUGUCUCGCUUGUUGCUCUGCCUUCUUUGCAGAAUCGGCGCGAAAGCAUUCGCAUCUACUUCUGUCUUUACAUUGAAUGGGGAAAGGGAGAAGUGACGUAUGCCGUAAAACAGUCGGAACACUUGUAGUUUUUUUGUGUGGCAGGGUUUCUGCCACCCUUCUCAAAUCAACUAGUUGCCGGUUGACAUAUCACAAAAAUAUUUUAUAUACCGUAAUUUUCGGACUGUAAGUCGCUACUUUUUCCCCUCAUUUUGAAUCCUGCCGCUUAUAGUCCAGUGCGGCUUAUUUCUUGAUUUAUUUGGGUUAAUAGGACACACUUUGACAGCGGCGUCAUAACACUGUCAUAAGACCGUCAUAAUUAUGACAUGACACUAUCAUGGGCAUUACUGAAUGCUUAUGUCAUUAAGUGUUAUCCAGCAAAUUAUGUCACUAACUCCAUUUAUGUCCAGCUUGGAUGUUUUACAUCAAUUCAAAAGUGAGAUAAUUUGCCAUAUAACAGUAAAUGACAUCUGUCAUAAGCAUUCAUAAAUGCUCAUGAUAGUGUUAUAUCACAAUAAUGAUGGUCUAAUGACAGUGUUAUGCUGCCACCGUCAAAUAAGGUGUUAACAAAUACCAUAACUAGCAAUUAAUGAAACAACUUUAACAGUAACUGAAGAAAUAAUUAGUACAGAACAUAGCGCUGCAAUGCAUGCUAGGAGGCAUGUUGGACACCAACUUUGUUGACAGCAGGUACCAGCAGAGGUUGACUGUCUCCAACAAGGAAACAGUGAUGGCCAAAUGAAGCUUCUUGAAGCAAUGAAGCGUUGCAGCCAAUUGGUUCAAAGCUUCAUAGUGUCUUAUGACAGUCGUAUGAUGCCGCUGUCAAAAAAAGUGUUACCGGUUAAUAUCUUUUGGCGUACAUGUCCCAUAAUACAGUGAUGUCAGCUGCGGCUUAUAUUCCAGUGCGGCUUAUCUAUGAAGAAAUGCCGUUUUCGUGCCAAAUUUGGUGGGUAGCGGCUUAUUGUAAGGUGUGCCAUAUAGUGCGAAAAUUACGGUAGGUUGAAAAGUUACCUAGUGUUUAAAUAGACCAAUAUCAAUGAAACACUGCAUAGAAUAGAGAAAUUAAAAAUGGAUUAAAUUCAAUGAUUCAAUAUCAAUUUUUAAGAAAUGAAUGAAUGGUGUUUUUCAUCAUUGAAAUACUGUAUAUUCCAGUAGUUGAAAAAUGUGAUUGGCUUUCUAUGUAUUAGAUUUUGCGGAAUUUUAGGGUCCAAUCUCCCCACUUAUAUGCAAUGUGAUGUUGGGCCCAUUGAAUUUUCUGAGCCAAAAUGAAAACAAUUUAAGUAAUUGAACUUCUUAUUAAAAGCAGUGAAAUAAUGAAAUUACCAUUAUAUUUAGCAAUUAUAUGUAACUAUUUGGGAAAUAUAUGGAACCAUUUGAAUAAGUAUUUUAAAAGCUAAUUAAACACAUUUUUGAAAUAUUUCAUAUUUCACAAUUGUUUAUUUAUUGGAUCAACUCAUCUAUUUAUUCAAUUUAUGACCUAUAUAAUUGGCUCGAAAUGUUUUUUGGGUGUACGCGUUAUAUAACGGUAAUUAAUUUGCAUUCAGAGAGUUAGCAAAUGUAAAAUGGCAUCGACGUGGAUAAACCGAGCAUUUACCAUACAAUACAGUAGUGUCUUAUUGUACAAUUCAAACCAUUUAUUGUACACAUUGUGUUUUCACACAUUUUUUCUACUGUAUAGUAAUAUAAAGCACUUUGUAACAGUACACACAGACAUAAUUUGUCAUGAUAUUUUCCAUGUUUUUUUUUUUUUUUUAAUCUUACUGUAUUUCCACUGUUGUUGUGGAUUAAGUGAAGGAAAUGUAUGUAAAAGGGAAAAAGCUCAAUAAUAAAUAGAAGAAUAAUAAUAACUGUUUGUGAUUACACAUGACUGGUCAUUAUAACUAUUACAUAAUACUUUUUCGAAACACCUUUUCGGGCAUUCAGGCAAACUGAAAAAAGUAAAAAUAGCACAACACUGAAAAUGAUGUGAAAUAGAAAACUUUUUUUUUGAAAUUGUAAAAUGAAAUAAUUAUAAAUAUAACAAAUAUUUCUGCAGGUUCACAUUUAAAGUAGAAAUUCCUGUGCUUUAAAUUUUUUUUAUUUUUUUUAUUUUAAUGAACAGUAAUGGCACAUACAGGGCUGGCCCUGGUCACCCAUACACGUGCCUGAGCACUUACAAGAAAAACCAAACAGGUAUGACAAGUUUGCACAUUUUUAUUGAGCAUUCAAAUGUACACAACAUGGAUUGUGAAUGUCAGAUUUUUUUUUUUUUUUUUUUUUUAAACGACACAACUUCACAGGAACCUUGAUGACCAAACGACCUUUUUUUUCUCCCCAAUAUAUACAUUUACUUCUUUUUUUAAUAUGCUCGUCAUUACAAAUGCGCAUACACGCACGCGCUGGGUUAUAAGAGCGUACAAAAAAUGUCUUUAUAACGUAACGGCACGUCUUUGUCAAGAAGUAAAAAAAAAAAUAAAAAAAAAUAAAAUACACCAUUUACUUUUUUACUGUAUAUAUGAUUAAACACCAUGUAGAUUCAUAGCAGGCAUCAUAGAAGAGCAGCUGAGCGACAACUGUACAUUCAAAAAUGCAUUGGCAAUAAAUAAAAGUUCACAGUUAGUCAAAAACAAAGCAAAAUAAACACAUUACAGUACAUACUUGAAACUUCCCUUAGAAAAAUGUCCACAAUUGCCAUCUGGUUUCAACCUGUAACCCUUGUACAGAGACCUCUGAGCAAGCGAUAGCUUAUCAACUAGCAGGUGAAAAUUCCCUGAAAAUGUCCAACUUUGGCCUUUCUCUCCUCCCUUAUCUUUGAUACACACCGGAAAAAAUAUCUGUGUGCCUUUUGCAAAAGCCAACAGUAAGUUCAAUGUCACAGAAUAUGAAGCUAAAUGCUAACAAAAGUGCUGUGAUGCCUGAAACACUUCACAGUUUGUUUUUGGAAAAGAAAAGACAAAUGUUCACAGAAGGCACAAAAACAAAAUCACAAUUUUUUUUUGUUAGUUUGUUUUGUUGCGCAUCCUUGUACGUUAGGCCGGUAGCUAAAAACAAGACAAGUCGCUAAUGCUAAAAGUAGAGACGCACUAUUGCCUCGCACCCUUUACAUUUUUUAAAAUUUCUUUUUACAGCUACAUAGCUUUAAAUACACAUGAAACAAAAACAUUUUCAAUAUAAAAGCUCAUAAAAGAAGUGGGCAGCCUUCUUUGGCUCAUUUUUAUCAGAAAGAAAAUCAUCAAAAACAUGACAGUCACAAGUUAGCCUUGCUAGCUAGCAACUAUUGUGACACAUAUUCCUCUUUUCAGGGUCUGAAAAUUUAAAUGGCUUUGUUUUAGAAGGUACAUUUUUAAUUGAAAUCUUUGUUUUCACAGUUUUCACGUUCAUAAAUAUGACUUUUACACUCACUAUGUCAUCAGGCUACUUUACAUUUCACAUUACAAAUGGAGCACGACGCCAUUUUAAAUUUGCGAUAUUCCGCUUUAUGUCGUAGUAACAAUGACACGCUUUUUCCCCCCGUUUUUGCACCAACUAAAUAGAUCCAUAUAGAGCUAGUUAAAUGAUGUAAAAUAUAUUCAUAAAUAAAUAUCUAUUAAUAAAGUUAUAUUUUUUCACAUUUGAAACAAUGAUAAAACAUUUCACAUUUUAAUCAAGAAUUGAAUAACAACGAUUUCAAUGUAAUUUUUUAAAUUUGUGUCUGCUGUCUGUUAAAAAGUAAUGAAAAACAAAAAGUACAAUUAUUUUGUAUUACAUUUGAAAAAUUUAUUAACUGAUGUGUAUUUUUACUUUGGAUUAAUAAAUAUUCAAAUGGCAUAAUACUCAUAGUUUUUUGUAUUUUCUUUUUAAAAAAUACAUGACAAAAAAUGUCUUGUUAUUUAUCAGUGCAUUCACAUCAUCGUUUGUGGAUGAAGAUAAAAUUAAUUCCUACAAUAUUUAGCAUUCCUUCGUAAUAAAUAAAUUAGAGUACCGUAUUUUCCGGACUAUAAGUCUAGCCUAUAAGCCUGCAACUUUACUCAAGUGUAAUUUAUUAUUAAGAUGUUUAUUAUACAUUUGCUUUAUACUAUAUAAUUUCUGCUCGCAGUGAAGAGAUGCGAUGCUUAUUGCUCGCUAUGAAGAAAUAUUUUGUCAUGUUUUGACAAACGUAGUAAUUCCACCUACAUGCACACACAUAGCCAUGCAAAUUCACUGGGUUCCACACUCGCUUUUAAUUCCCUUUAUGGUAAGACACCCCCAUGGUUGCUAGGGCCAUACCAUGUAAAAAUUAAGUGAACGGAAGGCUCAUGGGAGAAUGAGUGUGGAAUUUGUAUUGUGUAGUCUUAGUAUUGCAUUAUAUAAGCUGCCAUCCGUUCUCUUUGCAAGCUAUUCGAUAAAAUUGAGUGCCUUCUCUCAAUAUUUUCUGUAAUCUUUAUAAAUUUCCUCCUAAGGAUUUGUAUUUGAACUUGACAUUUGGACGGUCCUUCGAGCCGGAUUUGAACCAGCUAAAUUUUAAGCUAUAGUUAUCUGAAAAACUAAAAACAGAGAGACAGCGAGAACUAAAAGUGGUAUUUGCCAUGUGUCAAAAUUGAUUUUGCCAUGUGGCAUUUUUUUUUUUUUUUUGCCACUUGGCAUUUUUUUGGCCACUUGUCAAAAUGGAUUUUGCCAUGUGGCAUUUUUUGGGGACAUUUGGCAAAAAAAUGCCUCAAACCAAAAUACAUUGCGUUUUUUUUUUACAUGUGGCAACAUGUAUUUUGCCAUGUGGCUUUUUUUGCCAUGUGGCAAAAUGGAUUUUGCCAUGUGGAAUUUUUUUUGCCACGUGGCCAAAUGGAUUUUGACAUGUGGCAAAAUUGAUUUCGCCAUGUGGUAUUUUUUUUUUUCCAUGUAUCAAAAUGUAUUUUGCCACGUUGGAUUUUUUUGGCCAAAAAAUGCCUCAAACCAAAAUAUAUUGCAUUUUUUUUACAUGUGGCAAAAUGGAUUUUGCCAUGUGGCAUUUUUUUUUGCCAUGUGGCCAAAUGAAUUUUGUAGGGCUGUCAAAAUUAUCGCGUUAACGGGCGUUAAUUAAUUUUUUAAAUUAAUCACGUUAAAAUAUUUGACGCAAUUAACGCACCCGCUGGCAUAUUGCCUCAAACAUUACAAUGAGGCCGUUUAUGGACAUUAAGAGUGAAGAGAAUGCCACCGGCCGCUUGGGGGCAGCGCCGUUCCAUACUCAUGUCUUCUAAACGUGGGAGAAUUAGUAGUUGUGAGACGUUUAUGCUGUAUUCACAAUGCAAUGCAAAUUGCUAUUUGUGCUCCACACAUAUUUCGGUAAGUUUUCUUUCUUUUAGUGGCAAUUAUGUGUCUCUUGUUUUAUUUUGGGUAAGAUAUGUACAGAUACAGUGGGGAGAACAAGUAUUUGAUACACUGCCAAUGGGUUUUGGCAGUGUAUCAAGUACAAGUAUUUG